CUCGAACAAAAUCCUUUUCGCAUUGCUGUCACAUCAAGGCUUUGGAAGCCUUGUACGUAAUCAGCUCAGGAGCCAUGCAUCUUGCUCAUCAACCAUGCCACCUUCUUUUCAAUUCACAGGCAAACGCCUAGAGACAGUGACCAUGAGAAAUUUCCACUUAGAACGAUCUCUACACGGAACGAAGAACAUGUUCAAUGAUGCAUGGGGUCAGACCAAUGGAGCAGACAAACCUCUAGAAGGUUUGAGUCUCGUUUGGACAGUACUGGGGUGCCUCUUUGCCGCAGCGCUUCUCAUAUCAAUGGCAUAUUUCUGUUGGAAGUAUGGUGCACCUCGCCCUACAUAUUACGAGAGAGCGAUGCGAACCCACGAGAAAGAAGCCGCACGACAACACAGAAAAACGAGACGCUACCCACUAUUGUCAUCUCGAAAAAUCCUCUCCUUGGGUUGGGGAGACCCCGUCGUUAGCAUGGUCGAUGACAGGUUAUCACGCCCAGACCCAGCAAUGACGCGUUCCGGCCCUCGCUCUAACGAGCAAGAAGGAGACUUGUAUGGAGAUUGUUAUGACCGGGUGGUGAGGAAAUGGCCAUCCCCACGAAUGGACGAGGGUUACAAAAACUAGAUGGACAUAGAGGAUUCGGUACGCUUGGGGGGGAGAGUUUUAUACUAGACGAUAAAAUGGCACAAAUGAGAGGGAGUGGAAGGAGAGAUACUACUGGUAUAGACAAAGGGCGAAGGAAUGCUAG